CAUGCGCACGCGGCGGGGGCCGGACGCAGAGAGGGGGCGCGUGGCUGUCGGCGGGGACGCACCCACUCAGUAGCUGUGUCGCCGGCUGCCCCGGGGCCUGGAUAGUGAGGCUGCGUGGGCCCGACUGCCGGCUGGAGGACUGCAGGAUCUUCUGUUGCCUAGUCUAUCCUUGUAUUUGAAGUAAUCCUGCUGCUUCAGUUUGCUGACAGCUGGGAUUGCAGGUGUCCUUGGCCACCAUGAAGCCCCUGCCCCGCACCCUCCCUAGCUGCCUCCUGUUGGUGCUGUUUGGCAUAUGGGGACCUGCCCCCGAGACUCAGGCCUCCUCUGCUACCGUGCCGCCCCUCAGCGCCACCUCCUUCCUGGAAGAUCUCAUGAAGCGCUAUGGGGAGAAUGACAGCCUUACGCUGCCGCAGCUGAAAGCCUUGCUAAAAAACCUGGACGUGGGAGUGGACCGGGAUAACGUUACUCGGCCCAAGGAAGGAUACAGGAACCUGUCCACGUGCUUUAGCUCCGGAGACCUCUUCGCUGCCCACAAUUUCAGCGAGCACUCUCAGAUCGGGAUGAGUGAGUUUCAGGAGUUCUGCCCCACCAUCCUCCAGCAGCUGGAUUCCCGGGCUUGCACCUCCCAAAACCAGGAGAAUGAGGAAAAUGAGCAGUCAGAGGAGGGGAAGCCUAGUGCCAUUGAAGUAUGGGGGUACGGUAUCCUCUGCGUUACCGUCAUCUCCCUCUGCUCCCUCAUGGGGGCCAGCGUGGUGCCCUUCAUGAAGAAGACUUUUUACAAGAGGCUGCUGCUCUACUUCAUAGCCUUGGCGAUUGGAACCCUCUACUCCAACGCCCUCUUCCAGCUCAUCCCCGAGGCGUUUGGUUUCAACCCUCAGGACAAUUAUGUCUCCAAGUCUGCGGUGGUGUUUGGGGGCUUCUACCUUUUCUUUUUUACAGAGAAGAUCCUGAAGAUGCUCCUGAAGCAGAAAAAUGAGCACCAUCACGGACACAACCAUUUUACCUCCGAGACUCUGCCUUCCAAGAAGGACCAAGAGGAGGGUGUGAUGGAGAAGCUGCAGAAUGGGGACCUGGACCACAUGAUUCCUCAGCAUUGCAACAGUGAGCUGGACGGCAAGGCGCCUGGCACCGACGAGAAGGUCAUCGUAAGCUCCAUGUCUGUUCAGGACCUGCAGGCGUCUCAGAGUGCUUGCUACUGGCUCAAAGGGGUCCGAUACUCUGAUAUUGGUACCCUGGCUUGGAUGAUCACUUUGAGCGACGGUCUCCACAAUUUCAUCGAUGGCCUGGCUAUUGGUGCCUCCUUCACCGUGUCUGUUUUCCAAGGCAUUAGCACGUCGGUGGCCAUUCUUUGUGAGGAAUUCCCACACGAGCUGGGAGACUUUGUUAUCCUGCUCAAUGCUGGCAUGAGCAUCCAGCAGGCUCUCUUCUUCAACUUCCUUUCUGCUUGCUGCUGCUACGUGGGUCUGGCCUUCGGCAUCCUGGCUGGAAGUCACUUCUCUGCCAACUGGAUUUUUGCACUGGCUGGAGGAAUGUUCUUGUACAUUGCUCUUGCGGAUAUGUUCCCGGAGAUGAACGAGGUCUGCCAAGAGGACGAAAGGAAGGACAGCUUCUUGGUCCCCUUUGUCAUCCAGAAUCUUGGCCUCCUGACCGGCUUCUCCAUCAUGCUAGUCCUCACGAUGUAUUCAGGGCAGAUUCAGAUUGGGUAGGACCCUGCCGGUGGGGAGCCAGUGGCAUUGCAUCGGACUCUGGGCCUUAUGUCCCUGGCCUGAGGACUCAGCAUCCAUGAAGCAUCAUGGGUGAGGCAGUUCUUUACAAACUGGCACACACUGCCUGCCUGCAUUCAGAUGUCAGCUGUUUCAAAACGUCUGUCCUGGGAAGAACCUGCCCUGGGACUCUCUAGGUAGUGCCUCAAACCGUCUCCCCAACCCUUUCCACAGAUGAUUCUGGAACUGAAAUGCCUCGUGUAGGACACACUUCUCUUCCUUCUGAUCACCCUCGUCUGUCUCUUUCUCUUGGAGGAAGCACUGAGAGAUGUUGAAUCUUUUACAAUGUAAAAACAAAGCCAGUGGUGAUGGUGUGGUUAGAAAUAUCAGGGUGGUUUCCAGCUCUGGAGCCCGUGAUUCUGAAUGUGUGUACCCUGGGCUUGAAGUCGGUCCAUCUUGACAUGGGUUCUCAUGUUUUUACAGAGGAAGGACAGAAGAUAGGAAUCCCGUUUGUUCUCAGUCUGUGCAGUUAACUGUUCUCUGAAAGAGGCUGGCAUGCUGAGCAGAUGAGGCAGGGGUUCACCUUGAGGGACAAGGAGAACUGACGGUGGAUGUCCUGUCUCCUUGGUGCUCUCUGGUCCCCUCUAGGCUGCUGGAUGCUGCUGUGUGCCGCAUCUGCGUCACAGAGUCAGCCAGGCGAGCCACUGUGGAUGCCCUCGAGUGGCACCCGGUCUGCGCCAAACCCAUUCAUUUUGCCCUGAUUUUCACACACACCCUCUUGGCUUCCUUUUCUAGAUACUUUUUAGAUGCCUCACUAGAAGCACAUUUAAGGUGUUUGCAUUAGGGGGGAAACUGCACAUUUAACCUCCCCUGGUCUAGACUUCUGCCAAGUAGAACCUGGCCCGGUAUCGGGACGCAGUUGUUUAUGCCUUAUUGUGACAAAGGUAACCGGAAAUGGAGUCCGUGCUGGCCAAAACUUAGGACUUGCUAAUUGUAGAAAUAAUAGUUGUAUACCGAGGAACUCCGGACCUUGAGGUCAAACCUUCAGGUCAGGGCUGCAGACGUCCCUGCUGCCCGUGGGUUUUAAAGGGCACACUGUCUAGCUCCCACUUCCUCCCUGGCCCCAGACAACAAGAUGAAUCCUGAAUUGAA